AUGCUGAAGGCAGCCACAGGCCUUCUCCACUGGUUCUUCCAGAAGACCGAGGACUUGCCGCUCUCCAGUGCGGUGUACAGACGACUCGAGAGCUUGCGCAAGAUCGAGGCAGACCCGCGAGGGGGACCUGUGAGAGAACGAGAGGGGAGGGAGCGAGGAGGCAACGACGGAACAGUCCGCGCGGCUACGGGGGGAUCGGGGAGGCAGCAGCGCGACGAAGAAGAGAACGAAGUCUCCUCUGAGUCUGUGGCUGUAGAGAGAAGGCGGGAGGAGACACUGCGCCGGGCAACGAGGUCGAGAGAGGCGCCCACAACUCAUCGAGGAGAAGACUCUCCGCAGCUGCUUGGCGAUAUAGGCACUUCUGAAAGAGAGGGCGUGCGUCGAAACCCAAGUUGCAGACGGGAGGAAGAGGGCCGAUUCCGCGAGUGCUCAGAGAAGCCGUCGUCCCCGUCUGUUUCACAGAAGGACGAGGAGGGAGAGGAAGCUGACAGAGGAAGCGUUUCCCCCCGCGUUUCUCCCGCUUCUUCAGAGCGCCUGUCUGCAGAGGUCGACGCAGCGAGACUUCUCGACUUCGCCGUCAGCCACAUUGUCAUUGCAGGACUCUUGGCUGAGAAGACCCAGGACGAAGACGCUUUCGCCUCUCACUCGGCAGUGCUCAGGAGAACAUGGGAGCCUCAGGCGAGAGCCGAGCGCGCGAGCGGGAGUUCCGCGUCAAACGCAGCGCGCGCGCAGAACCACGAGGAAAGAGGUGAAGAGGGACAAACGGAAAAAAGGGAGAGAGAGCUGCUGCUGGACGCGAUAGCUCGAUAUCUCUACGUCGCGAAUCCCGAUGCGUUUCCUCCGCCGUGUCGGCGCGAGGAAGAGAGCGGCUUCGGAGCUCGACGGGCACCUGUGGAGGACCGAAGAUUGGACGGUGGCCUUCCUCGAGUUGGAGAGUCUUCUUCGCUGUGCUUCGACGACUUCUCCAUCUUCACACCAUCUCUCGCGAGGCGGCUGCUGAUGCCUGACAAAGCGUUCCGCGCUUCCGUUUCGCUCGAACACUUGCUCCAGACUCUGGCGUUCCACCACCUCGAGGAAAUGCCGAUGACGCCUCCUCCUCACCUGCUGAAUCAGCGCCUCACACACGGCGUCGCUCCCUUUCUCCUCCCGCCCCAGAGGCUCCCAGGCGACGCGGUGUCUGAGGUGCAUGUACACCCGACGGCCGGCGGGGACUCGGCGCCUGACAGGGCUGUGGAUGCGUCGCCUGGGAGGUCUCCGUUGUCUGCGGCGAAACUGCGACUCGAGGACGCGAACACCGCGCGCCUCGUCGGGAACGAGGUGUCUGUACAGACCAUUGCGGACCCGAGGUCGAACUACCUCUACGUCCUCGUUCUCUACGGCAAAGAUCCGGUCUACGCUUCCUCUCUCUCUUCGGACUCGCUGCCUGUUCGGUAUCGCACGCGCCUCGUAGUCUACCGUCGCUCGCUCUCGGAUCUUCUGCAGGCGUCGCUCCUCAGUCAGCCUCUUCGGCACGGGGUGUACAGACAGCUCGUGCGCCUGUACCCCUACCGCCACCUUUCCGACCUCGUUGGUCCUGCCUUUCUCCCUGCCCUCCUCGCGGCGUUCGCUGCUGCCGAGCGAAACCGCGAGUCUGGCGAGAGACGCGCGAGUCCCAACCUCGCCCAGAAGCCGACCCGCAGAGAAGACCCUCUGUCUCCAGUGUCUCCUGUGUCUCCUUCAGCUGUUUCGAACUCGGAAGCGACAUUCGACUAUCCACCCCCGUCUCCGAGCUGGUUCGAGCUUGAAUCCCCGUCUAAGUUCGCUCAUCACUCUCCGUCUCUGCCCGGGAUCUUCUCCGCCUCGACACACUCAGGAAACCUGCCUUCUUCCUCUGAACCCACAUCGUCUUUGUCUACUUCCCCGAGAGGCAGAACCGUCUCUGCACCGCCGACGGUGGCUGGAGCACUGUCGCCUGUCUCCGCAUCCCACACAACGUCUCCUCUCUCUUCUCCCCACACUCGGUCUCCUAUCAGUCCUGGCCUUUCUCCUUCGCGGCGUACGAACACGCGAGCAGAGGCCCGGCGACUUUUGGGGGGGUUCGAAAGGACUGCAGUCUCCGCGGCGCUGGCCGCCGGCCUCCAGUUCUCUGUCGACGACGAAGAGCCCAGCGAGCAUUUGCCCUCUUCUAUGACCGUUUUUGGUCGCUCCCUGCCUCCUGCCGUCGUCGCCAUUCCACCGGAGACUGUGCAGGAAGCUGUGGAGAGACGCCUGCGGUUCCGGCUUGAGAAGAAAGGCGACGAGACCGGGCCAGAGCUACAGAGAGAAGACAGCGGGGAUCCCCGUCCUCGGCGAGGUGAAGCCGCGCGUGAUGUGCCUCCGACCCCCAGACCACCGAGUGCAUUCUCAGCGGAGUUCUCGGCGUCUUCUCCUUCCUCGCCGGCGAGAGAGCGUGCACCGCAUUUGGCUGCGUCUCUCUUUCCCGCGCCGUCUGUGGAGAACCUGGAGAAACACCGAAAGGAGCUGGCGCAGGUCGUCGAGGCGGCCCUGUCUAGCAGGGGCGGUUCGCUGUCUUUUCUCCGCAUGCCGCUGGUCCUCGCGCAGAUCUCCGGAGAACUCGUGCUCGCGUACUUCUACACGCUGGCGCUGCUUUUGCGCGAAAGCCGAAACUGCGCAGUCUCGCUCUGGAACCUCCUCGAGGCUUGCGUUGAAGACCCGGAGUCUUUUUUUCUCGCCAUGCAUGCGCCCACCUUCUCCAAACACCCCUGGCUCAACUUGCAGGCACUCCACGACAUCCUCCGCGAACGCUACGGUGACCGCCCUCUCGUGCGAGGAGACAGGAAAGGCGACAGUCUGGUCUCUGCUGGUGAUAUGGGAGGCAAGCGACGUACGAGGAGGUCAGCGAGGUCGGACGAAGGAAGCGAGAAGCGUCCAGGAGAGAAGAGCGAAGCCGGAGAAGCACCGAAGGUUUCUGAAGUCCGGAGCAGGACGAGAGACGCGUCGUUUUUCACGCUGCCGGUCGUCAUGCACCUCGGAUUCGUGAUGGCUCUUGAGACCGCGCGUGCGUUGUGGAGACAGCAGAAACUGUUUGUCUCCACUGUUUUCGCGGCUCUCACAGCUGCUACCUUGCCGGAGGUUGAGGACUCCUCUCAGCCUGCUGGAACGUCGCAGCCGGCUCCACUUUUCCCCCCUCGCGCCGCUGUUUCCUCGGCGUCCUAUGCGUUUUCAACGGAACAUAUUCUGGCAGUAACGGGAGCUACAGGUGACCGAGCCGCAGAGGCGGCGCGAGCGAGCAUGGAAGAAGCAGAGGCGAGAACGACAGGGUCUGCGUCCCUGCACGACUCGCCGCUCGCCUCGAGAUCCGCAACAGUGGGAACACUGCUGAGAGACACCCAGAGAGAAGAAGGCCCUGCGCCUUGGCAGCUCCUCCAGGAGAGGGCGAGGCCGACGGACUCCGGACAGAGCCGUCGAGGUCGCGGAGAGCGAGGGGAGAGAAGAGAGAGAGGAGGGAGAGGAGAGAGAGGAGGGAGAGGAGGGAGAGGAGAGAGAAGCCGAGAAGAGCGGCUAGAGGAGAAGAACGUCAGAGAGGACGGCUCGCGGCCGGCGGGGGCUGCUGCACAACUCGCCUCUCGUCCUCACAGCGGAUACGCAAGUGCGUGGGAUGAACUCUGGUCCGUUGUCGCGCAUGCGCUCACGCAGUGGGCACCUGCGGGGUACGCCGUCGACGCGCUCGUCUCUCCCUUCCAGCCGGAGGAAGAGCAGGAAGGAGGCGACGACCCAGGCGCAGCCUUACAGAAAAAACAAGAACGAGCGGGAGAGCUAGAGGAAGAAGAGGACGAGGAGGUCGAGGGACUCGGUGGGGAGAAAGGGGAGCCGCGGACUCCUGAGGCAGGCGCUCUUCUCGGAGAGAAGCUGCCUAGAGACGCGAACGAGAGAAGCAGGAAAGGAGAGGAAACCUCUUCGAGGAGAAGAGCGAGGGAGAGAGAGACGGACGAGGAGGAGACAGAAAGAGACACCACACGGACGAUUCCCAAGGCCUCGUCCUUUUCGCCUUCGGAAGACCUUCUUUCGCGCCUUGUGCCCUUGCUGUCUCCAACGGGAAAGCGGCUGCCUCUCUCCCUGGAAGAAACGUCGCGCGCCGGAUCUGCACAAAACGCGUUCAUCUCUCCCUCGACGCUCGCGGCCUCGCUGCGAGGAUUUCAAGUUGUUCGAUCCUAUGUGUUUGAGGGCGAGAAAGCGUGGCUAGCUGUCGACCAGGAAACGGUCUCUGCUGCUGUGGUGUAUGGACAGCCUGAGGGGCUGGAUGUACACUGGAAAGUCACGUUUCUCCCGCACCUCGACGAAACCGCGCACCGCGUGCUGACGAGGAGAAAACAGAAACUGCUUCGUUCUCUCGUCAACUGGGAGAGGGGAGAUUUCGCAGGCGGCAGGUCGUCCGCGAACCGCGGCGAGGGAGAAGCAGAGGGAACUCGUGGCUGCGAGCAGAGUGCUGCUCACGCGUGCGAAAGGAGACGAAAGGAAGAAGACGCGAAGGACAAUGGCGAGCUGACGGACGACGCAGGACGGCGGGCCGGAGAGGCCUCGGAACGGCAAGGAAACCAACAGGGAAAGAGCGUCGGCGAGACCAAGCAAGACACUCAGGAUAGUUCGCGCGCUGCGCAGAGCUUGGGAAGCGACCGCGUCGACGCAGGUGUACAUACACCUGACGUGACGACAGCCUUCGGCAUCGUUGUGGACCCUGGGAGGGGAGGCGGAGAAGACGAAGAUGAGGACGGAGGCGCAGAUGAGGAGAGACAGGGAGACAGUGAGAAAGAAAGGAAGGAAACUGUUCCUUCGUUUGCUGUCGACGAAAUCGUCGUUGAACAAGCGUCGUUUCUGCGACACUCCGGCCGCCGUUCCUCGUGUUCGCUGUCAACUCGGGGGGGACAACUACAGACGACGGAGGCCUUCUCUGCGUCUCCUCUGCCUCCGCAGUCAGCUGGCGAGUGCGGCAAAGACAACUCCGACUCCAUUCUCCACGAGUUCGAAUUCGCAACGUUCGCCUUCCAAGGAUCCGCUGCAGUUGAAACUGGAUCCCUCAGUUCCGCUGGCCUCGCGUACACCCGAGCCGGCGACAAGUAUCUCUUUCGCCAUUCGAUUUCCCUCUCCUCUCUCCUUUCUCACCUCAAGUCUUCUCUCUCUCCCGAUACAUCUCCUUCUUCCUCUCCUUCUGCUCUCGGCUCUCCUUCAUCCUCUCCCUCUCCUUCGUCAUCUGCGUCCUCUCCUUCGUCAUCUGCGUCCUCUCCUUCGUCUCUCGCAACUCCAUCUGCUCGCUCUUCGUCUUCUUCUCAGGUGUCCAGCUCCCCGGUUUUGGACUCGUUGGUAGGACCGCGCGUGCAGCAGCGCGAGAAUCUCGGCGACGUCGUUUUACUGCAGCAUGUCGUCAGCGACGCUGCAGCUGCGGAGCCUCUUGGCGCGCAGACGCCUUGGAAGCAGUACCCCACAGUGAUGUCGAUGGUCGUUCACUCGACGGAUCGCUCUGUACGAUACCGCAUCUUCCAGCACUCCAGCGUCCCCGUCUCGCCCACGGACCCGCUCUGUCCCUCUCGCCUCAACAGGCGCGUUGGUCUCCAAGGCGGUGAAGCGUCCCCGGAGACAGCUCGGCAGCGGUCGCGAGACUGUGUGGGGUGGACGGUGGGGAGGAAAGCAGGAACUGACCAUUUUCUGCGCGUGUACCAGCCUGGCGAGAACGAGGCUCGCGGCGAAGAACGCGGCGGCGGACACGGGGAUGGAGGCAAUGCCUCCCAUGGAGUCUAUGAAUUUGUAAGGAGACCGCUGUGGGCGUCUACACCAGAUCGACGCGGCUUCGCGUUCGGGUACCUCCUCAAACUCCAGAUGUUCCGCUUGCUUCGCCGGUCGUCACGCUUCGCUGGCAACCGAGAAUACAGGAACCGUGUAGACACCGCAGAAGAAGAGAGACUUCGCGCGGAGGCGAGGAAGGCCGAAGUAGGGCCGUGGCGGCUGGGGCCUCUCUCCGGAGGGCCUUUGGUCGAGUCAACUCCCGAGCGCGCGAAUGCCAAUGUCCACGCGUCUGCAAAUGCGGAGUAUUCCGUCGAGGAAGUGUUCAGAGACUUUUGGAGCUACGCACCGUCCUUUCGACUACUCGCGAUCAAUGAAGAUGGCAGCUGCGUCGCGGGGGUGACGGGUGCUUUCGGCUUGUUCCUGCAACUCCCAGGCGGGAACGUGGUCUCGGAGGCGUCGGGGCCUUCUGUCUCUGUCUCCGCAGAGGACGCGGCCCAGACGGAGGCGCAGAAAGCAGAGAGGGCCAGAGUGUCGACACCGGUGGUACGCGAGGUCGAUCUCGUCGCUGCUUUGGAGCAAGCAGGCGCAGAAAAUCUGGACGGUCGUCAGAUUGUGGGGAUGUCGUUCUUUCCUCUCCACCGUUUCUUCGCGCCUGUGGACCCGAACGUGGUCCGUCCGGAAUUUGGGGCUCCUGGGCGCAUCCUGCUGACGCUUCUCCUCGAUGAUGGCCGCCUCCUUCUGCUGUAUGUACACCCGGACGCGACUGUGUCGUACCCUCUUCGGCCAGUCUUCCACCAGCUUCUUUUCUCCAUAAGUUGGAACAACUUGGCGAUCUUCCUGUACCUCGUCCUCCUGCUGCUCUUCCACUUUCGGGGUCAGUUGCUGCUCGUUCCGCCGGUGCUUAACGCGGGGGCUCCAACGCCUCUGCGAUUUCUUCACCUCUUUGUCGCUCUGUUUCGGCCGGUCUUCUCCCUCCUCUUGUUCCCGCUUGUCUCCCUCGUCCUCGCCGCUGCUCGGGCGCUUCGCCUGGUCCUCGCAACUUUCUUUUCACUGGCGUUUAUCCUGCGAGUUCUCCUCACUCGAGCGGCUCUGCGCUCUGAACCCACGCCCCCGCCGCCGACCCCUGAGGCUCCAGUGCCCGCACGCGGCACCGACGACCGCGGUCGAGGAGCCCAAGAGACACGGCCCGAGAGGGCCGCGGCCGAGGCCCCCCCAACAGCGUCGGAGACGCAGGUCGCCGAGAGACAGACAGAGACAGAGGAGGAAAGGCGGCAGCGAGUCCGAGAUGCGAGAGAAGCCUUUCUUCGAAAGCAGCAACGCAACGGAAAAGCGGCACAACCGGAAGGAGACAGUUUGCCUCAAAACAUGCGGCGACGAAGACGCGGAAGCGGGGAGGACGGCGAGAGAGAGGGCGCAGCCGUCUCCUCGGCUUUUGCUCCUUCCCAGUCUCGUGGCGCGGUCCCGAAAGCAUCCCCGCGUCCCCCGUCUCCAGCUCAGGACGCGUCAUCAUCCUCGGUCGACCCACCUGUUUCUUCUUCCUUCGGACCUGGCCGUUUGUGGGGUGUUGAUGAUUCGACGGAGCUGCGGGGAGAGCCGGUCGCGAGAAGGCCCGCAGCAGGGUGUGGCUCCGAGGCGAAGGCCAUCGCUGGCGACAGCGAGAGGUCCCCCGGUCGUCAGCGAGCGUCUUCUUUGCUUCCCACGACGCUUGCAUCGAACUCAGAUUCUCUUGCCGGGUCUCGAGCCUCUUCCGCACCUGCAUCUUCGUCAAUGGCGCUCUCUUCUCGUCUGUCGACGGCUUCAGGACACUAUGAAAAGGAGACGCGGCAAGCUGCCGACAUGUCUCCGGGACCUCGUUCUCACGCACCUCCGUCAAGCGGAACAGCGGCAAUAGAGGCGACUGCUGUCGGGGUGUUUCCUCCUUCACCUCGCCCUCUCAAUCUCCACGAACGCCGCGCUCUGCUGGCUCAUGCUGCCUUGCGGCGCAGCGUCGGUGGGCCUUCGAGGGCGGGAGAGGGGACGUAAGAUCGUUGCCUGUCUGUUCUACGCUCUCUUCGGUAGCGGAGUUUCUGCGUCGCGUACUCUUGCCCUGUGCGCUGCUCUGAGUUCCGCCGUUCCAGAGAAGGAGUGGGUUUCAGGGGAGGGACAUGGAGGUCGAGUAACGCUGCCAUCGUUAAAGCAACGUGAACAUCGAGGAGGCAGAACCGGCAUGCGGAGGCAGUAAACGUCCAUGUGAUGUGCAUGUGGGUUUUCGAGUAUGUCUUUUUCGGACUUUCUGCUUGUCUGUAUCUCUCCGCUGUGCAGCCUUUGAAUCGCACGCAAAGCUCUGUUCCGCUUCGUUGCGCUUUUCGGCCUGCGGUGUCAAGACACCUCGCGGAUGAGGUCGCGAGAGCCCGCACAGAGUGUCGAGAUAUUUCAGGCGAGGCGGCAAGUCGAGUGAAAUGCCAAGAGGCAGCAAAGAAGGGAAAUGGAAUGAAAGCCAGAGCCGUCUGUCUUUUCGAAAAGCGAAACUUCAGUGAGGCAAAACUCCGAGAAAACGCAAGAGAAACAGACGCAUUAUAGCCGGGCAGACGCGACUUGUUCGAGAGGUGAACGCGCCGCAAACGUACGGAUAACGCAGCAGCCGUCACACGAUGACCGGUCGUCGACGCAGUCUGCCUUCCCAGUGUUUCCAGUUCGUCGAAAUCCACAAAAAACGCGUGCCGUGUUGCCGACCUCCAUCGUCUCCUCUCUACACGGAUGCCGAGUGGAGAUACACCCGGGCAACGGCCUAGCAGCUGCCACCCAAAUCCAAAUAAAUGUCUCUAUGAACUCUGCAAAACACUCCUUGCCUUCGGCGUAAAAGAGGCUCACUUCCAGAUAAUCUACACUUCAAACCUGACGUAGAGGUAAUCGUCUAGAAGGCUGUCGU